AUGGCCUCAGAUAAAGUCACGUCACUGUCUCUCAUUAUUAUCAUCAUCUCCACUGCACCAUUACAAGGGUCUUUUGACCUCAACGUUGCUUUUCUCGUAUCUUCCUCCUGGUGUGGCCAGAGAGAGAGUGAGGAGAGGGGAGCAAAGACUCCUGGGUCUUGCUUAGAGGGGUCCAUCCGGAAGACCCCGCUGGUGCUCCUGGGAAAUGGUGGGGAGGAACGCCCCGCUCCGCGGGUCUUUUGGACUCUGCCUGUGUCGUUUCACCCGUCUUCGCCAGAUCACAGGCCCGCAUGGGAAGCAACGACUUACAGCGGGUACCUAGUCGUUGCCUCUUCCAGUCCCGGCUGUUUCCCACUGAAAAUCUUUGACCUUCGGGGUCUGGAAGCCAGGAGCCUCGCUGAACUUGAACCCCCAAAGCGUGAUGCUGUGAUGUCACAAGGCGGCCAGACACCCCAGGCCCUGAUAUCCCCACGCGCCCCUCGGUCCAAACGCCGGCGACCGCCGCUCUCCAUGAAUGUACCUGACCGCAGCCGGAAGCCGCUGAGCGCAGAGCGAGCAGAAUCGAAGGACAGCGCAGGCCAACCUAAUGCCCUAGUGAUCUCCAGAGAAGACCUGGACCCUCCAACGGUCUUCUUGUCGUUCGCCGACAGGCUUUUGAGGGUCGUUUAA